AAUACAUAUGGCUCAUAACAAUCGUCCACAUGAAAGCUUCAAUGGAAUUGGGAAAAACUAUUUCUGUUUUUCCCCCAGCACAGCAUACAUACACCGAUAUUAAUUUAUUCGCUUUUAAAGAAUGGUCAAGAUUCCAAUAAAUUAAUGUUAGGACCGUUUUUUGCGCUUAUCUUCCUGAAUGAAGGUAAAUAAUUCGAAGAGCCAACGCCUGCGAGAUGUGAUUGGCCUGUGCAGUGCAUUAAUUAAGAAUGAUGACGUCAUGAGCAUAGUUUUUCUUGUCAACGUUCGCCCCUGUCGGUUCACAUUCGCCUGACCUCCGACCGCAGACGGGACUCCAACCAAGCCCAGAAAUGUCUGACUUCUCAGAAGACCAGAUCAUCGAGUUCAAAGAGGCCUUCCUGCUGUUUGACAGGACAGGCGAUGGGAAGAUCAGCUACAGCCAGUGUGGUGAUGUCAUGCGGGCCCUUGGCCAGAACCCUGUCAACGCUGAGGUCCUCAAGGUCCUGGGCAACCCCAAGUCAGAAGAGAUGAACCACAAGAUGCUAGACUUUGAGCAGUUCCUGCCCAUGCUCCAGGCCAUCGCUAAGAACAAGGACCAGGGCUCCUUUGAGGAUUUUGUGGAGGGUCUGCGCGUCUUCGACAAGGAGGGCAAUGGCACAGUGAUGGGCGCUGAGCUUCGCCAUGUCCUCACAACACUUGGUGAGAAAAUGACAGAAGAGGAGGUGGAGACUCUCUUAGCGGGCCAUGAAGACGCCAACGGCUGCAUCAAUUACGAAGAACUCGUCCGGAUGGUGAUGAGUGGUUGAAGAUUUCAAGAACACAACCGGUUCAUUUUAUUCCCAAAUGUUUUUUCUAUUAUAUGUAAUGUCUAUCUCACCCCCAUCCAAAUCUUGUUUGCCCUCAUUUUGUGAUUUUCUUUCGGAAGUGCCUUUUCUGUGUCUUGAGUUGAAGAGCCCCUUUUUUCAUUUCACUUGAAAAUAUCAUCAAGCAACAGAGGUGCAUGCUAUCAUGCCUGGCUCGUUGACAGAAUCGGCAAUAACAUUCCCUUCAUUAUUCCAUACGUUCCCAUCUCCCACCCUGUCACUCAACCCCUGUCAGCCCUGUUGCCCAAUAGCUGUGUUUUUAUACAGAGGAGAUACAUGUUCAUUGGCUGAGACCAGCUGUAAUGUGGAUUUUACCGGGCCAAUUAUGGAAUGGUAGAUUUACUGUCUCAUGUAUAUGUUGUAUCAAAUGAUAUUUAAUAAAAAUAUCCCCAGUUUCUGAAAACAAAUGUUUAUCUUAA